GGAGGAGAAUCUGUAACCUCCACGUCGCUCAGACGGCAACGGUUAUCGUCGCGUCGUGCGUCCAAUCGCGUCUUCUCUUUGCCCCGUAUCCCGUAUCUCGAGUUUUCGACGCGCGUGUGAGUACCAGGAGCGUCGAAAGCGAGGUGUUGCGUGCAAUGCGUGUUCGUACCAAGCGUGUUCGUGCCAAGCGUGUUCGUACCAAGCGUGAUUCAAGAGGAGGGUCUUGAAUCUCGAAUGUUCGAGAGCUGCGGCCAGCGGGGCGAACGUGUAUGUCCACGUUGUAGAAAUGGCAUCUCGAAAAAUCGUCAAGUGGGUCAGGUAUCAGCUGGAUAUCGUCUAAAUCGCGGUCAAGGUCAAAGCUUCUCUUUGCUACUGCUACUGUUGGUCACUGCAGACGUUUCUCUCGUAGCUUUUGCAGAAAAACUAGAGAGAACGAGAGAACAGAGUCUUUGUUAGGAUUCAAAUUUAUUUUGGACUGUUUUGAAAUUUGUCCAGAGGAUGUCCGAGGAUAUUAACGUGCUGUUUAUACAAGGAAAUGGAAGUUGCCAUGUUUAGGCCGUACAGGAGACAGGAGCGCGUAUGACACGUGCUCUCUACUUCUUUCACCAACGACUGGCCAUUGUCAGAUGCGCGUGUAGACAUGUUUCGAGUGGAGUGCUGAGAAAAAUUAUUGUGACAAAUCCACUGGAAGGAGAGUUGAAAACGAUUCGAAAUCCCAUCGUGAAUUCUCCGAUCGGAUCCUAUUCCACUGAUCGACCUAAUUUCCAUUCUGAUUUCCUGCGCGUCGAUAUAAUGCCGGAGAUGGAGUGUGCGACCGGGGAGGAAAAGCGUUGUCAGGUUGAAUAUCUGGAGACGCCCGUCAAAUCGGAGAACGACAAGAAGGAGUAUAGAGUCAUCCGAUUACAGAAUGGUUUAACAGCCUUGCUAAUAUCUGACAUACAUUCGAAAACUUGUACUUCUCAAGAUGAAGACGAUAAAGAAUCUAGCGAUGAUGAGACUGAGGAUGACGAAAGUAAAGAGGAUGACGACGACGAAGAAGAUGUUGAAGACGAAAGUGAGGAUUAUUCGAGUGAUGAGUAUGACGAAGAUGACAGUUCUUCAGUUAGAAAAGUUAAGAGAGACGAAAAGAAGGCAGCAUGCGGCUUAUGUGUGGGAGUAGGCAGUUUUAGCGACCCACCGGAAGUUCCAGGCAUGGCACAUUUUCUCGAGCAUAUGGUUUUUAUGGGAUCGGAAAAAUACCCACAAGAAAACGAUUUUGAUGCCUUUAUCAGUAAGCGUGGUGGCUUUACCAAUGCUUCAACGGAUUGCGAACAUACCACAUUUUACUUUGAUAUCCAAGAGAAACAUUUAUUAGCAGCUCUUGAUCGUUUUGCUCAAUUUUUUAUCAGACCUUUGAUGAAGAAAGAUGCUAUCACGCGGGAGCGAGAGGCUGUAGAAAGCGAAUUUCAGUUGGCCUUGCCUUGCGACGAAACCAGGAAGGAACAACUGUUCUCCUCUUUCGCGCGAACUAGUCAUCCAGCCAACAAGUUUAUUUGGGGCAAUUUAGUAACGUUGCGCGAUAACGUGGCUGACGACAAAUUGUACGAAGAAUUGCACAAAUUCAGAGAACGCCAUUAUAGCGCUCACCGAAUGACGCUGGCUAUACAAGCGAGAUUACCAUUGGAUACAUUGGAAAAAUAUGUCACAACGUGUUUUGCCAAUGUACCAAGUAACGGGCUGCCUCCCGACGACUUUACCGAAUUUAAAGACGGUGUUUCUUUCGAUACUCCCGCUUUCCGAAAAAUGUAUAAAGUCAAGCCUUUCAAAGAUGUCAGCCAACUAGAAAUAACAUGGACAAUGCCUUCGCUACUUGAUUUAUACAAAAGUAAACCACAUCAGUACAUCUCAUGGAUUAUCGGGCAUGAAGGAAAAGGUUCCUUAAUUAGUUAUCUACGUAAAAAAAUGUGGAGUCUCGAUAUAUUCAGUGGCAACAGUGAGAGCGGUUUCGAACACAGUUCCAUGUAUGCCUUAUUAAAGCUUACUAUAGUGCUCACUCAUGAGGGACAGCAACAUUUGGAGGAAGUUCUAGAUGCAACAUUUUCCUACAUUAAUUUACUGAAAAAAGAAGGUCCGCAGAAGAGAAUUUAUGAUGAGAUUUAUAAGAUUGAAGAAAAUGAUUUUAGAUUUUGCGAUGAAGAGGAUCCAGCGGAAUAUGUGGAAGAUUUAUGCGAGUGCAUGCAUUUAUAUCCGCCGCGCGAUUAUAUAACUGGUAACGAGCUUUAUUUCGAGUACAAUCCGGAAGCUAUACAAAAAUGUUUGGAUUAUUUGGUACCGGAGGACGCGAAUAUCAUGAUCUUCAACGAGGAAUUUGACUGUCUCGAAUUAAAUAAAGUCGAGCCGUGGUUUAAAACCAAGUACACGGACGUUGAGAUACCAAAAGAAUGGAUCGAACGCUGGAAAGCUAUCGAACCGUUGCCAGAUUUUCAUUUACCGUUAGAAAAUACAUUCCUUACCAGCGACUUCUCUUUGAUAACACUACCGGCAGAUGUUCCAAAAUAUCCUGUAAAAUUACACAAUGAUCAUAUAUCAGAGAUUUGGUAUCGUCCGGAUCAGAAGUUUCGUUUGCCGGAAUGCUAUAUGAAUUUUCAUUUUGUUUCCUCUCUGGGAUUUCAGUCGCCGAAGAAUGCAGCUCUUAUGGAAAUAUAUUGCAAUGUGUUAAAACUGCUGUUGAUCGAAGAAUUAUAUCCAGCUAUAGCGGCUGGGUUUGAAUAUGAUAUCAUUGCCAGUGAGAAAGGCAUUACAAUAAAAAUAAAUGGAUUUAACGAAAAAUUGCCACUUUUAUUGAUGACUAUUGCAAAAUACAUGGUAGAUUAUCCAACCCUUGUUACGAAGGACUUGUUUGAAAUUGUUAAAGUGGAACAACUUAGAGCAUAUUAUAAUUCAUUUAUAAAACCUGGAAAACUCGUCAAGGAUAUCAGAUUAUGGAUACUGAAGUACAUCCAUUAUACCCAAGUUGCUGCACACACUGCUCUACAUGAUAUCACUUUUGAAGAUUUCCAGAAUUUUGUAAAAUCCUUCACCGAUCAUCUGUACAUUCAAUGCCUCGUGCAAGGCAACAUGACGCAGGACGCUGCGAUCGAGACUAUACGACAAUGCGUCGAAAUAAUUAAUUGCGGCCCCUUGCCCGAUGCGAUACCGCAAAUGAGAGUCGCUCAGAUACCUAUAGGCACAUGCUAUUGCAAAGUGAAAAAUAUCAACAAAAUCGACGUAAAUUCCGUAGUGACCAAUUAUUAUCAAGCUGGCGUCACAUCGAUCGAGUUAUCGGUGUUAAUUGAUUUGAUGAUCAUGAUAAUGGAAGAACCGUUAUUCAAUCGGCUACGAACCCGGGAACAGCUUAGUUAUGAUGUCUCCUGUGCUUUCAAAGAUCUCAAUGGAAUUUUAGGAUAUACCAUUACCGUUCAUACCCAGGCAGAUAAAUACUCAACCGUGCACGUGGACAAGCGGAUCGAGGAGUUUCUGAAAUCAUUUAAUAAGAUUUUGGAAGAGUUCUCACAAGAGGAAUUGGAUGACGUCAAAGAGGCGCUAAGAAAAUUGAAACAAUGUGCCGAUAUUGAUCUGAAAGAGGAAGUCGACAGAAACUGGAGUGAAAUCACGAAAUGGCAAUACAUGUUUGACAGACUCGAGAGGGAAGUGCUUGCGAUAAAGGACAUAAAGAUCAACAAACUGAGAGAAUGGUUUGCCAAGCAUACAUUGAAGGGAAGUAACUUUAGAAAAUUGAGCGUGCACGUGAUAGGAACUGAUCCAAAGGAAAAUGCAAUUAAUGAAGCAAAUAGUACUGCAGAAGAUCGCAAGAAAGCGCAACACUUUGUUUUGGAAUACAUAACCGACGAACAGAAUAAGGAAACACAAGAUCAUCAUAUUACUAACGUGGAAGAAUACAAGAAAAAUCUCUACGUCUAUCCAGAGAGCGAAGGUAUUAAUCCUCUCAAAGCGCUAAAUAAAUGAUACCUUGACAACAAUAGUAUAAUAAUAAAAAAAUGAUAAACUGUA